CCGCUGCUACCGCAGACUCUAGUCCUAGUCCGGCACGGUGCGGUUGCGGACACUCUGUAGAGUGCAAGCUACCAGGCCGUAGGCCGCCUGCUUCGUUCGUAGGCCUCAGCAAACUAGAGAACCUCUCGUGGCUAGGUCUGUUUCGUUAUGUUAUUCGCAGUGGUGCUCGACGAUUUCCGAUCUGCUUCGCGUCACUAUCUGAAGCUGCUACUGUUUUAAAUCAGAUCUUUUGAACCGAUAAGUUUUUGUACUAAAACGCGGGUAUUAACUGUUCGUGCUUGUCAAAUGCCAACUGUCAACAGUGCCCUCUGCUGAUAACUCUUGUUCAGGACUGUCCUGCUUUUGAUCUACUGCGGCGUUUGUUCUUGAGAAGCACGCAUGGCGUCUGGUGAAGUAGCUGUCUCCUUAGCUUGCGACAUCCUGCUGAUCGUUAUCUUCGUGGUAGCGACAGCCUCUAAUUCCCUUGUCCUUCUAGUCUUCUACCGCAAGCCUGGCCUCCGGACACUCUCCAAUAGGUUCGUGAUAAAUCUACUGGCGACGAACCUGCUGUCAUGUUGGCUGCUGCUGCCGCUGGUGAUAACAGACUCCAUGAUGACAGCGGCUUCCCAGGUCUUCUGCGCCCUCAGCCAGGGAGUGUCCAUCGGCAUCUGCGCAGCCUCCGUACUCUCGGUUCUGCUCAUCGGUGUGGACCAGUACUACGCCGUCAUAGACCCUCUCCACUACCACUCUCAUAUCGACACCACUAAAUGUGCCUUCAUGAUUACGUUUGCUUGGUGCUUCUCCGUGAUCUGCGCGACUGUGGGUGGACUCUUCUACGACGUGCCUCGUAGCAUGUGGACUCUUUGCGGAGAAAAAGCUACGGACCUCCCACUCGUCCCCGAUGUGUACAUAUCGAUAUUCUCGAUCGUCUACACUUGCCUUACAUUCUUCUUGCCGUUUUCCGUGAUUUGCUGGAUGUAUUUAUCAAUUUAUUUCGCAGCUCACAAAAACAGCCAGAGGACACGAAGGAACGGCUCCAGCACCGGGUUCUACACCACUAACGCUAUCGCCAAUACGCCACCUGUUGACUACGCCAUGGUACCUGCGGCAAGCCAACCGACUGUUCCCAGCCAAGCACCGUCUACUUCGGAAUCUCCCAAGCUCUCGGUGAAGUCGGUGGACGUGUCCGAGCCACCGGUAUUCGUCAAACCGUCGAUAACGAGAUCUCCAACGAGAACGAGUCUCCGGAGUACUUCCAGUUUCAUAAUGAAUUCCUUGAGGUGUAGAAUCUCUAACGCCAGCAUGUUCAAGUACCGCGAAGAGACUCGGGCCGCCAGAAUAUCCGCACUGGUAAUCGUCAUGGGCCUCGUCUGCUGGUGUCCUUUCUCUCUAGUCGUGCUGCUGAGCUCUCCGGCCAUCGGUAUCCAAGUUCCUCACUACCUCGCGAAACUGAGCGUCACCCUACUGGUGGUCACGGCAGUUAUCUCGCCACUCCUCUUCGCCCACAGGAACCGGCGGAUCCAAAGAGACCUCCGGAAGCUAUUCGGCCUGGCGCGACGACCGAACAGCCUGUCCCCGAGCGUCUCUCAGCGUCCUCGCGGGCAAAACCUGCAGCGUUCCGCCCCACCGAAGCGAGUGUUGCCCCCCAACUACAGCCACAAUGCGCUCGAUCUUCUCAGCAGUCUAGCGGAAGCCGGAGACGAUCACCGGGAAAGCAAGUCAGAUAAGAAGAACAGCUCUUUUUUAAGCCGAGUGUGGUGGAAGGAGGGUGUUCAGAUAGUGACUAAACUCGAUAAAGUGUCAGGCAGUUCACUUAUAUGUGUCCCAGAGGUCGCCCUCGACGUGGACAACAGUCGCAGCUCCUUCUCCAGUGGCGGCAGUACGUCUACUCAGCGAUCCACCUCAGCAGCAUCGAUAUCGAGCUACACUGCUGAUGAGUGUUGACACCGGAGAUACGCACUGUCUGGGUCAGUGCGGUCUAUACUCUCCACUGUCAUGAGACGUUGGCAGAGCUUUCAUUUCAUGAUGGCUGCAGAGUGCUUGACUUCGGCAGAAAAAUUCGGGUGGAAUCUGCAUACCUGCAGUGGUCGUGUGGAUCAUCGUUAAAGAAUACCUCAACCCACGUCAGUCAUCGUUUGAUUUUAAUUACUUAUAGGGUUCUAGGCUUUACCUCAUAGGGUAAUUUUUAGAAGUGCUUGACCUAUUUCACCUGUUUCGGAAGGCAUACCCGGUGACUUUUUCUAUGUUGAGUGCUAAAAUUUAAAACGUACUGUACACUUUAGUCAUAGUAUAUUUAUUUUCUAUCAAGUCAUUAACUUUAAGAAUACUUUUAUAUUUACUGACACGAAGUUGUUGUAAGAGUCGAUGGUAACAUAACUUCUAGAAAGAAUGUAUGUUUGGUGAGGCGAUUCCGUUGUUUGCGGAAACAGUCCAGCUUUCAAGGCACACCUCCCUGCGCGGAGAUCUUCAUUACACAUUUGUGAUAACUUAACUCGCCCAACUAUUUAUUUUACUACAUUUACUAACUUAUUGUCAUUUCUCUAUAGCAGAUCAGGUGGAGAUUGUAGCAUAGCUUUACCCACCUUAAACGUGUAGUCAGCCAUCGAACGUUACCUAGUAUUAUUAUAGUAUUUAUAGCACAUUUAUAUUUUAUUGUAUAUAUACAUUAGGUGCUUUAGAUUGAUGUAGUGCUACCGAUUGUUUCGUGGUGACCUGUGUGAACCGCUCAAGUGCCAUACAGCAGACGGAGGAGAAUCGCGGUCCGAUGGGGCGUCAUCUAUCAGUAUUCCAGGAAUCUCGUGUAGAUCUGAUCAUAUCAGAGUGAGUGUUAAACUGACCCCUUUUGACACGGGAAUGAUCUGAUGUGAUCUCGUAAUGUCACUAUUUAACCAAAAAUUACUUUGUUAAGUAAGUUAGAGACGUUUUCUUUGAUUUUAGUCAGAAACUGAUUCCUAUGAUAAGAUACAAUAGUGUUUUUCAGUAUUAAAUACUACUGUUCGCCCGUUGCAUUUUAGAGCAUUUCAUUAUUUAUUUUAUUUAUAAGCAGCUUAUAUUGUUGUGCACUGAUACUUAAGCGUGCUCUCAUAUUUAUGUAAUUUUCUAUAUCAAUUUUGUAUAUUAAAUUAAACCAACAUAGCCUGUGUUAAGGGCUGAACCUUA